AUGGCUGAAGCCUCUACGUCGUCCGCACCAGAGCCUGGCAAAGACGUUCUGGGUGCAGCACGCACAGGAUCUGGAAAGACGCUCGCUUUCGUCAUUCCUGCAGUGGAACUGUUGCAUCGACUUAAAUUCAAACCUAUGAACGGCACGGGCAUUAUUAUCAUAUCACCGACGAGGGAACUUGCGCUUCAAAUCUUCGGUGUUGCGAAGGAUGUCAUGCAGUUCCAUUCCCAGACUUGUGGAAUCGUUAUGGGAGGUGCGAACAUGCGCGCGGAGCAGGACAAAUUGUCGAAGGGUGUAAAUCUCUUGGUUGCGACACCGGGUCGAUUACUAGACCAUCUCAUGAACACCAAAGGAUUCAUAUUCCGAAACUUACGAGCACUGGUAAUCGACGAGGCGGACAGGAUCCUGGAGAUUGGGUUCGAGGAACAGAUGAAGAAAAUCAUAAGCAUUUUGCCAAACGAUAACCGGCAAUCUAUGCUUUUCUCCGCUACGCAAACGACCAAGGUUGCGGAUCUUGCUCGAAUAUCGUUACGACCUGGAUCUGUGAAUGUUGAUAUCGAUGGCAAGGAGGAGGCAAGCACAGUCGAUACAUUGGCACAAGGCUAUGUCGUGUGCCAGUCCGAUCAACGCUUCCUCCUUCUCUACACCUUCCUCUCCAAAAAUCGCAAGAAGAAAGUGAUCGUCUUCUUUUCCAGUUGCAACUCAGUCAAGUACCAUGCUGAGUUGCUCAACUACAUCGAUGUGCCUGUAUUGGAACUGCAUGGCAAACAAAAACAACAAAAACGGACGAACACGUUCUUUGAAUUCAUCAAUGCACCGUCGGGGAUAUUGCUCUGCACUGAUGUCGCCGCACGAGGGUUAGACAUCCCGCAAGUGGAUUGGAUUGUCCAAUUCGACCCGCCAGACGACCCUCGGGACUACAUUCACCGCGUUGGUCGAACUGCUCGAGCGGGAAAGAACGGCAAGAGUCUGCUCUUCUUGCUUCAGUCGGAACUCGGCUUCCUGCGGUACCUCAAACAGGCGAAGGUGCCGCUCAACGAGUUCAGCUUUCCGGGCAAUCGGAUCGCAAAUAUCCAAUCGCAGCUCGAGAAGUUGCUUCAAAAGAACUUUUAUCUCCAUCAGUCUGCUAAGGACGGCUACCGAGCUUAUCUACAGUCCUACGCAUCGUACUCUCUCAAGGAGGUCUUUGAUGUCAACAAACUUGACCUCGCCAAGGUUGGCAAGUCGUUUGGUUUUGCGGUCCCUCCGCGGGUCAACAUUAACGGGGGAGGGGCCGAAAGUCGCGAGUCCAAAGACAACGAGAAACACAAAAAACGGCGGCGCUUUCAGCCUGAGGAUCUCGAUGGUGCACGGAAACGGGCACAUGCACAGAGGACGGAUCCAUUAUAG